AUGAAGUUUGAGGGAGCUAGGAGUGAAAGAGAGAGCCAGGCUGCUGAUGACUCCGAGGGAGGGACCCCGGACAUGUGCUGUAGUGAGAGGCUGUUGGGCCUCCCCCAGCCGGUAGAGAUGGAGGCACUGGACGAGGCUGAAGGACUCCCCAGCAAGCAGAAAGAGAUGCCACCACCCCCGCCACCCUCACCGCCCUCUGAGCCAGCUCAGAAGCUGCCACCUCAAGGCGCUGGGAGCCACUCCCUCGCCGUCAGAAGCAGCGUGUGCCUGUUUGCUGCUUCUCAGUUCCUGCUUGCCUGUGGGGUGCUCUGGCUCAGUGGCUAUGGCCGCUCCUGGCUGCAGACUACCACAGACCUCAUCUCCUCCUCGCUCAGAGUGUUGAACCAUCUGGGACCUGCGGCCUGGCUGGGUUCUGAGACCUGGGGGAUAUCAAGUCUGCUGCUAGUAUCUCUGACUGUGAGCCUGCUCAUCGUCACCACCCUGGUGUGGCACCUCCUCAAGGCGCCCCUAGAGCCACCUGCCCCACUGCCCCCAGAGGACAGGCGUCAAUCAGUGAGCCGUCAGCCCUCCUUCACCUACUCAGAGUGGAUGGAGGAGAAGGUAGAAGAUGACUUCCCGGACCUGGACGCGGUGCCCGAGACACCCGUGUUUGACUGUGUGAUGGACAUCAAGCCUGAGACGGAUCCCACCUCGUUGACUGUCAAGUCCAUGGGUCUACAGGAGAGGAGGGGCUCCAAUGUCUCCUUGACCCUGGACAUGUGUACUCCUGGCUGCAACGAGGAGGGCUUUGGCUACCUGGUGUCCCCACGAGAAGAAUCAGCCCAUGAGUACCUGCUCAGUGCCUCCCGUGUCCUCCGGGCAGAGGAGCUGCAUGAAAAGGCCCUGGACCCUUUCUUGCUGCAGGCGGAAUUCUUUGAAAUCCCCAUGAACUUUGUGGAUCCAAAAGAGUAUGACAUCCCAGGGCUGGUGCGGAAGAAUCGGUACAAAACCAUCCUUCCCAAUCCUCACAGCAGAGUGCGUCUGACAUCACCAGACCCUGAAGAUCCUCUGAGUUCCUACAUCAACGCCAACUACAUCCGGGGCUACAGUGGGGAGGAGAAGGUGUACAUCGCCACCCAGGGACCCAUCGUCAGCACUGUGGCCGACUUCUGGCGCAUGGUGUGGCAGGAGCGCACACCCAUCAUCGUCAUGAUCACCAACAUCGAGGAGAUGAACGAGAAGUGCACGGAAUAUUGGCCGGAAGAGCAGGUAGUCCACGAUGGCGUGGAGAUCACCGUGCAGAAGGUCAUCCACACGGAGGACUACCGGCUGCGACUCAUCUCCCUCAGGAGAGGGACUGAAGAGCGAACCCUGAAGCAUUACUGGUUCACAUCCUGGCCUGACCAGAAGACCCCCGACCGGGCCCCCCCACUCCUGCACCUGGUACGGGAAGUGGAGGAGGCAGCCCAACAAGAGGGACCCCAUUGUUCCCCAAUCAUCGUUCACUGCAGUGCAGGGAUUGGGAGAACUGGCUGCUUCAUAGCCACCAGCAUUUGCUGCCAGCAGCUGCGACGUGAGGGCGUGGUGGACAUCCUAAAGACCACGUGCCAGCUCCGUCAGGACAGGGGCGGUAUGAUCCAGACGUGCGAACAGUACCAGUUUGUGCACCACGCCAUGAGCCUCUAUGAGAAGCAGCUGUCCCUCCAGUCCUCAGAGUGACCAUGCUCUUCCUCUGAGAUCCACUGGGCACUGCCAAGCCUGAGGCUGGGUCUUCACCCCAACUACCCAAGAUCUUGCCUUGGGUCCUGGGCCUAUUCCCUGGCCUU